AUGCAGCGCUCCCGGGCGGCGGUGGACGAGGCGGCCCUACUCCUGGCUGGGCUGGCCCUGCGGGAGCUGGAGCCGGGUGGUGACUCUCCAGGCAGGGGUCGACGGGGGCCGCGGCCCGGGCCGGGAGAGGAGGCGGUGCAGGCGCUGGGCCGCAGAGGCAAGGGCGGCGGCGGCCCCGAGGCCGGGCCGGACGGACUGAGCCGCGGAGAGAGAGGCCCGCGGCGCGCAGUGGCUCCCGAGCUCAGCGCGCAGCCGGCGGGCAGCCCGCGGGUCAGUCUGGCGGGCUCCGACGGUGGCGGCGGCGGCGGUAGCACCCGCUCCAGCGGAAUCAGCCUCGGCUACGACCAACGCCACGGCAGCCCACGCUCCGGUCGCUCCGACCUGCGUCCGGGCCCAGGUCCGUCGUCUGUGGGCAGUGCCCGCUCCAGCGUGUCCAGUUUGGGCUCCCGCGGCUCGGCGGGCGCCUACGCUGACUUGCUCCUGCCCGGCGCCUGCCUUGCUCCGGCUCGCUCCCCGGAGCCUGCUGGGCCGGCCCCCUUCCCUCUGCCUUCUCUGCAGCUGCCCCCGGGCCGAGAGGGCGGCCCGAGCGCGGCCGAGCGACGGCUGGAGGCGCUCACCCGGGAGCUGGAGCGGGCGCUGGAGGCGCGCACGGCGCGGGACUACUUCGGCAUUUGCAUCAAAUGUGGGCUCGGCAUCUAUGGAGCGAGGCAGGCGUGCCAGGCGAUGGGGAGCCUGUACCACACCGACUGCUUCAUCUGUGACUCCUGCGGGAGACGACUUCGCGGGAAGGCGUUCUACAACGUGGGAGAGAAGGUGUACUGCCAGGAGGACUUCCUGUACUCUGGGUUCCAGCAAACAGCUGACAAGUGCAGCGUGUGUGGACACCUCAUCAUGGAGAUGAUCCUGCAGGCCCUCGGCAAGUCCUAUCACCCGGGCUGCUUCCGGUGCUCCGUGUGCAACGAGUGCCUGGACGGGGUGCCCUUCACCGUGGACGUGGAGAGCAACAUCUACUGCGUCAGGGACUAUCACACAGUUUUCGCACCAAAAUGUGCCUCCUGUGCCCGUCCUAUUCUCCCUGCACAGGGCUGUGAGACCACCAUCCGUGUGGUGUCCAUGGACAGAGACUACCACGUGGAAUGCUAUCACUGUGAGGACUGCGGGUUGCAGCUGAGCGGAGAGGACGGACGCCGCUGUUAUCCCCUGGAGGGCCACCUGCUGUGCCGACGCUGCCACCUGCGGCGCCUCGGGCACGGCCCACUUCCCUCCCCCGCUGUGCACGUCACUGAGCUCUGA